AUGCUUCGAGCGCGCCGAUGCCUGGCUCCGCUACAGACUCUGACUUCGGACCCGAGCUCGACUACGACGAUGCUCUCGAGGCGCAGCUUCUCGUGCUCGAGCAGGACGGUGGCGAUGGCGAUCGAGGCAGCAGGACGAGGCAAACCGCUCUACGGCGGGUCGAGGUGGAGAUGGAGGAUGGAGGAGGAGGACGAGAAGUCCGACAAAGACACUCCGAGGAGUCUGUGGGAGCAAUUCCGACGGCAUCGCAACUGGGGCGCUCUCUCCGUCAGCGACCUCUCGGGUCCAUCCUGGUGCGAGGUCCAACACAGCUAUCGCCUUGCAUCGAAGCCGUACCUGCCGCCGUCUGAGCGACCUGCGACCAUCACGACCGCUUCCGGCGCCGAAAUCGCCGUCGACAAGCACCGCACCGUCAAGCGCGAGAAUGUGCUCAUCAAGGGCCGAAACGUGCACAAGAAGAUCGAGAAGCAGGUGAUGGGCGACGUGCAGGAGGUUCAGGUCGACGUCACGGGCAAGGAGGAGUGGUGGGCGCUUCGGAUCCUGAAUACGGUCGUCGGUCUCGAGGCGCUUCUGACGACAGGUCGCGUGAGGGAGCUCCCCGUCGUCGGAUGGGUCAAUGACUUUCUCGUCUUCGGCGUUAUCGACGAGGUCGAGCGUCGCGAACUAUCGCCGCUUCCCCCGACGCCGGUUCAGACGUCCGACGACUUGAAGGCGAAGCCUAGACGGACGCCGAAGAAGGGCAAGAAGGGCAAAGAUACGCCCGCGACUCCGACAAAGAAGGACGAGCAACAGAAGCUCACGUCGUUCUUCUCGCCGAGUCCAUCCCCAGCAAAGCGAGGCGGAGUGCUCGACUUGACGCAGGACUCGUCUCUCGAGGAGUCGGAGACGGAGCAGACGACUCCGGUCGAACCGCAGCCUCGAUGGGGAUUCGUCCUGAGCGAUACCAAGACUCGCUACAAGCGCUCCAUCCCGCCGCCGACCGAGACUCGCAGCACCCGCCUCCAGCUCGGCCUCUACCACCGCCUUCUGUCCUCCCUUCUCCAACCUGAGACCGCUCCUGCAGCGAAACAGGUCGCCGAGCCCGCCUUCUCCUGGACUCGCCUCUACGCCGACCUCUCGCUUGACCCGACUACCCCCCUUUCGAACGGCUUCCUCGACUCGAUCGCGCCUGUCAUCGAGGGAUCCAGCCUUGAAGAGUCGCUUGGCGAAGCCGAGACACUAGGAGAUUUCGUCGGUGUGCUCUCGAAGUACGCCGACAUGGUGAGAGGCGGUCGGCAGCGUGUCUUGGAGGACGAGGUCGAGGUCGUCUACCGCAUGCGUGGGAGCUCGUCGCCCGUGCGUCACAGUGCGCCACCGCCGGCACCAGCACCGACACAAGCAGCGUUGCCGGCGAACGAGGAUGCAGACCUGCAGCAAGCCAUCGCUGCGAGCCUUGCCGACUCUGUCGACAGCCAGCCGAGCGAGUCGUCGAGCGGAGGAUACACGAGCAUCCUCGACAUCUUGUCAAACGACGAGAUCGAUGUCGAGCUUCGAGGCGGAAUAAGCAUGUCGGCGCAGGAGCUGCCGAUGGAGGAUUCGCAGCUCGAGGACUCUCAGCAGCCCUUCCUCGCCAACCCUUCCCUUCCGCUACCUGUCGACCACCUUCCUCCGUCUCUCACCGACGACCCGUCGUCGUCUGCACCUCCCAGUCCCGGUCCUUUCGCUCUCCCCCUCAACUCGCAAGGGCGGGACGACGCGGAUGUAGCCCCUGCAGCAGCCUCGACCCGGUCAUCUCGCUAUAACCUGCGCGACCGCUCUGCGGCUGCUGGAACCUCCGCGACUCCGUCCGGGGAAGUGCAGCGACCGGGACCGAUUCUAGACGACCGACCGACGGCGACUCCCGCUGCGGUCUCGUCCACGACAGCUUCGCUCGCGUCGCGCUCUCAGACCGCAGCAGAUCCAGGUCUCAUCGGCGUCGAGAAGAUCAAGGUCGAUGCGGACGAGCUCUCAGCCUGGCUCGCAAGCAUCACGGCGUACUGGAAGGGCGAGCGCGAGCCGAUUGGAGUGCGGGUGACAGAGGUCAACCGGUGUCGCUUCUGCGAGUUCGAGGACGGAUGUGAGUGGCGGGCGGCGAAGGCACUCGAAGCGAUGGAGGCAGCGAAGGCGAAGAGGGUGGCACGAGCAUCGGCUGCGUAG